AUGCCUCCCAAAUUCGACCCCACCGAGGUAAAACACGUAAAACUAAGAUGCGUAGGGGGCGAAGUAGGGGCCACUUCUUCAUUAGCCCCCAAAAUCGGCCCCCUCGGCCUAUCGCCCAAGAAAAUCGGCGAUGACAUCGCCAAGGCCACAUCAGAAUGGAAAGGCCUAAAAAUCACGGUACAGCUGCGAAUUCAAAACCGCCAGGCUACUAUCACGGUAGUACCUUCAGCUGCUUCUCUCAUCCUCAGGGCGCUCAAGGAGCCUCAACGCGACAGGAAGAAACAGAAGCACAUUAAACACAACGGGAACUUACCACUGGAAGCCAUUAUCGACAUAGCGAGGGAGAUGAGACCGAGAUCCGUGGCCAAAACACUCGCCGGUACUGUUAAGGAGAUAUUAGGUACCGCCAAUUCGGUGGGAUGUACCGUAGAAGGGAAAUCUCCGCAGGAAGUUAUAGAAGAUAUUAAUGAAGAUGCAAGUAUAGUGCCUGAUGCUUAA